AAGCAACAGCAUGAGGAGCAGCUGAGGGGACGGAAGCUCCACCCUGUUACUAUGUGACGGCCAAGUGGCUGUAGCUUUUUGCAUCCCUAUAUCAUCCGUGUGAGUCAACAAAGAGUACAUCAGAUAAGACCAGCGAGUGACUCAAGUUGAACAAAACACCCAUCGAUUCACAGAAACAUUAAGCCUAAUGGAUGUAAGACACAGACAGGUUUUUCUGCUCUGGACAUCAGGAAUCUGCUGGAGGAAGUAGUCUACCCCAUAAAACACACAUCAGUCAGAGCAUCUAUGUCUCCAUCACACUUCAAAGACACCAUGAUAUCAUCAUUUCUAAUUUCAAACCUCACACAGGAUUGGGUCGAGAGCCUGCGGAGGUGGCACCUAGAAUUAUUUUUCAUCCCUACCACUGUGGUCACACUUGCCACCCUACUAGCCAACCCUGUUCUCCUGAUAUGCAUCUUUGCGUCCCGUGCCCUGCGUCAGGAGACGCGUUACCUGCUGGUGGCCAACACUCUGACAGCAGACAUGCUCUUCCUCAUCCUCAACCUAGCCACAGUGAUUUGUAACGCUGUGAAAGCUGAGGUACCCUGGCUAGUUUGUGAGCUGAUCACAGCUGUCACUGUCGCUGCUUACUGCUGUGCCAUCCUCACCGUCACCCUCAUGGUGGUCGACACCUACGCUGCAGUUCGCUGGCCACUCCGUUACCAUGACUUUCUUCCACCUGCCCGCACCCACUGCAUCCUGGUGGGGGUGUGGGUGCUGUCAGCCAUAUACCCGUUCACCCUGGUGAUCUUAAUGGAGGUGGGGAGGGGAGAUCCCCACGAAACGGUGGCUGUGUGUCUAGCCCUCAUCUCCCUCGGCUUCAUUCAGAUCGAGGACAUGAUAGGGAUUCACGUCUACUUCUUUGUAGCAGCAAUCAUUUGCACCUUGCUCAUUUUUUACUGCUACAUUCGGCUCUACAUGGUGACGAGGGCCCAUGGUAUCUGGCAGAGGCGCUUCUCCAGAGCCCGGGUCACGCUGCUGGCCCACGGGGUUCUGCUCCUACUCUACUUUGCCCCCGGCUUUGUUUUCACCCUGGAGCUCUUCCUGUUCCAGGACACAGACAUAAGUCAAGAUGUCCGUGUGUGGGUCAGCACAGUCAAUAUGUGUGUUUUUAUGUUGCUGCCCAGGGCGUUUGCUCCGUACCUGUAUGGGCUGAGGUAUAGGGAAAUCUCUGAUACUCUAGUGCAGCUCCUGCAUUGGCACAGGAGACUCAGCCAGACCACAGUGUCAUAAAUGAUUCUUCAGAACUAUCCAGGAUACAUACUCAUACAAUUAUUCCAAUGAAUUUCCUGUUACCAUUAACUUCAAUGUAUCUAUGCCUCCUGUGAGACAUUAGGCCACAAUGCUGCCUUCAUUGUUCCCUGUCUUUGAUGUUUUGAGCCUCCCCCCAAGUUGCCCACCAACAAACAAGAUGUACCGUCCAGGAUUUUUGAAAUGCUGAGAGUCCAGAUUCCACCCUGUGCAACCCCCAUCCCCCUAAGUAAUUUUUGAGUAGCUACUAAAAAGUCUAUGAUUUUGUUUUCACAUUUUCUGUAUUUAUUUGUUAUUUUCUGUAAAUUUCAUGAUUGUAUAGAUGCAGUUUUAAAAACUCUCCACAACACCAGGACUAUAAUUCUGAUGGAGAAAUACUACAGUGAAACAAAACAGUCAA